AUGGCAGCUAGACUUAACGAUUACAAAAAUUAAAUUUCUAAGCCUUCUUACGUAGAUAGUUCUUUUGAUUACUAUAGAUUCACAGAUAUCAUCUCCAAGGAAGAUAAUGAAUUCCGUCUUAAACUCCGUGCUUGGUUAGAAAAGGAAGUUUAGCCUACCAUCAAUGACUAUGUCGAAAGAGCUGAAUUCCCUGAAGAAUACAUCCCAAAAAUUCGUGAGACUUAAGUUUUCCAUUACUUAGUAGAUUAACCUUUUGGUAAGGGUAAAAGUAUUUUAACCUAGGGUGUUAUGGCUGCUGAAUUAAGCAGAAUCGAUGCUGGUUUAGGUACUUUUGCCAUUGUCUAAGCUGGUCUUUUAACUGCUACCAUUGAUUAAUUAGGUAAUGAAAACCAAAGAUAGAAAUAUGUCCCAUUGCUCAGAGACUUAUAGCUUACCGGUGGUUGGGGUUUGACUGAAAAUAAAUUUGGUAGUGAUGCAACCAGCUUAUAGACCACUGUUCAAAAAACUGAAGGUGGAUGGUUGUUGAAUGGAGACAAGACUUGGAUUGGAAAUGGUAACAGAGACAUCAUGGUAGUUUGGGCUAGAAACGUUGAAAAUAAUAAAAUUUAAGGAUUUAUAGUCGACUUAAAGGCUAAGGGAGUUCGCAGUGAAGUCCUUAAGCACAAGCUAGCUUUAAGAAUAGUAUAAAACUGUCAAAUUACCUUCACUAAUGUAUUUAUUCCUGAAGAAAACAUGUUAUCCAAAGCCACUGAUUUCUAAAAGGGUACUGCAAAGAUUUUAUUACACUCUAGACUGAUGGUUUGCUGGCUUGUUGCUGGUAUUUGUAUGGGAGUAUACGACAAUGUCAUUAAAUAUAUCAGUAACAGAAAGUAAUUCGGUGUCCCUAUUUCUAGUUUCUAACUCCAAUAAGAAAAGUUAGCUAGAAUUAUGUCAAAUACUUAAGCUAUUCUUUUAUUCGCUCACAGAAUCUCUUAAAUGUAUGAUAACAAAAAGAUUACUCUUGGUUAGGUUGCUUUAGCUAAAGCUUUUUGUACUGAAAGAGCUAGAGAAGUUGCCAGAUUAGGAAGAGAAAUGCUUGGUGGUAAUGGUAUUAUCUUUGAUAACUAUGUUAUGAAAGCCUUUGCUGAUAUUGAAGCUUUAUAUACAUACGAAGGUACUUACGAUAUCAAUUCUUUGGUUGGUGGUAGAGAAUUAACUGGUGUUGCUGCCUUCAAAGUUCCUAAGAAAAAUAAAUGA